AGCAUCAGUGGCAACAGAAAAACGGUUGGAUGAGAGAAACAUAACAACGUACGGACAACCAAUGGCGGGUGUACUUCCUUCUUCAUCAACUCUCUCUCUACUGGCUUCACUCAACUUACCUUAUCAGAAGCCAUCGUAUUCUAGCUGUUUCAUCUUAAGCACCCGAAAGAGUCCUCUUGUUCAAUGCAAGGCCAAGAAGAAAGUUAGCUUCACAGACCAAAUUCUUGAUUAUAUUGAAGGGGGUCCCAAGUUAAGGAAAUGGUAUGGGGCACCUGAGCUUCUGCCUAAAGAUGGAACAAAUGUUGAAGAAGAUGAUGAAUUCCCAGAAGGAAAAGAAACUAGGGAUGCUGUUUUGGUAACUGAUGGAGAUAGUGAGAUGGGUCAGAUGGUAAUAUUGUCAUUGAUUGUCAAAAGAGCUCGAAUAAAAGCACUGGUGAAGGAUAAGCGGGCUGCACUUGAAGCAUUUGGGACUUAUGUUGAGUCAAUGGCUGGAGAUUCAAGGGACAAGCCAUUUCUAAGGAGAGCUCUAAGAGGAGUUUGCACAGUAAUAUGCCCAAAUGAAGGCUUCUUAUCUACUGUUGGGAGCUUGAAAGGCGUCAAACAUGUAAUUCUCUUAUCUCAGUUGUCUGUUUACAAAGGUGCCACUGGCAUUCAAGCUCUCCUGAAAAGCAAUGCAAGAAAAUUGGCUGAGCAAGAUGAAUCAAUACUGGUGGCCUCAGGAAUCCCUUACACCGUGAUCCGGGCUGGCUUGUUGCAAAAUUCUUCUGGUGGAACUCAAGGUUUUAGCUUUGAACAGGGUAGUUCAGCAAAAGGAACUCUUAGCAAGGAGGAUGCUGCCUUUAUUUGUGUGGAAGCAGUUGAUGCAGUCCCCCAGAAAGGCUUCAUAUUUGAGGUGGUCAAUGGAGGUGAGAAGGUUUCAGAUUGGAAAGAAUGUUUGAACAGAUUGAUGGAGAAAUCGGAACAGCAACUUCAAUAAUCAAUUUGUCUGUUUUCAUUUUUCUUCUUCACAAAUGUUUUACAUGGGUGUGCUACUAUGUUUAAAUAACGAAGUGGUAAAAGAUUUGUCCGUUCAUAUAAGAAGACCUAAACACCACGGCAAAUACAUCAUCUUCAUGCUCGGGUCGAUGUGUAAGUGUUGAGCUGUGAUACCAUUUGAAACAACUCAAUGCCUCAUCCGAAAGUGCUAGUUGAAUGUGACUUUUGGAUUCUCAGGUCUUGCUUAUACACCAUGGAUCUUUUCAAUGCAUUUCCAA